GGACUUCACCAACCUUGAAUAAGACAGCAGAUAUGGCCUCCUCACAACUUCAUCUCACUCUCUCCCUGCUCUGUCUGGCCAUUACAGCGGGCAUCAUAUCAUGCGGUCGGUCUCACAUGGUUUUAAACCCUGCUCUAGAGGAAUCUCGGGGCACAACAGCUGAUGAAGAGAUUGCUGAGAGAUACACCCUUCCAGAGCUCCAGUGGCUACUCAGUAACUCUGAUCCAGCAGCCAUCCAAUCUGACAGCCCAUCUCUUGGGUUAAUACAAAGUGGACUGGACCUAAUGAGAAGAGACAAUGGAGACAAAGAGCGAAAGCCAGGCUGCAAGAAUUACUUCUGGAAAUCCAGAACCGCAUGCUAACCAAAGGCUGCAGACAGAUCCGACCCGGGGCCGGUCAUAUUUUUGCAGUUUGUCUUAAUGAAGCAAGUGAGCCUCAGUAAAUAAUAGCAAUUUUCUGUGACCAGUGUUCCUCAAUCUCAGUAUUAUCUUGCUCUGAAGCAUUGACU